CAUGGCCGGACCCCCGCCCAUCUCUCUCCUCCUGGAACUACAUCUCCCAGAAGGCCUGGCGCGCACGCCGCAUGCGCAGUGACGGGCCUGUUCGUUCUCGCUGAGGGAGAAAGACGCAAGCAGCCGCGGGGUCUCGGUGGAGCGGCGGCGGCUGGAGACGGAGAGCGACGGCGCCACAUGCACAGUUGAAGGUAAUGUUAUGACUAGCAAACAAGAGGAGCGUGUGAAGAAAUAGCUGGCUUCCUUCUUACCAAAGCUGAAUUUGCAUUAUCGCCUCCAACUACUAAAUCUAACUGCAGGGAUUUUAUCAUAUAAAAAAAUCUUAUGUUUUAGUCACAAAAAUAACUCUUAUUCAAAAGUGAGUACUGUGUAGUCCUUUCACCCUCAAAGAUGGUGAAGCUGGAUAUUCACACUCUGGCUCAUCACCUCAAGCAGGAACGACUCUAUGUAAACUCAGAAAAGCAACUCAUUCAGAGAUUAAAUACAGAUGUAUUGAAGACAGCUGAGAAGCUGUACCACACAGCGUGGAUUUCCAAGCAGCAAAGGAUUAACUUGGACAGACUUAUCAUAACAAGUGCUGAAGCUUCUCCUGCUGAAUGCUGCCAGCAUGCCAAAGUCUUGGAGGAUACACAGUUUGUUGAUGGGUACAAGCAGUUGGGAUUUCAAGAGACUGCUUAUGGAGAAUUCCUCAACAGGUUGAGAGAGAACCCUAGGCUUAUUGCUUCCUCUCUGGUUGCUGGAGAGAAACUCAACCAGGACAACACACAAAGUGUUAUUUACACAGUCUUUACCUCCAUCUAUGGCAAUUGCAUCAUGCAGGAAGAUGAGAGCUACCUCCUUCAAGUUUUGCGUUACUUGAUAGAAUUUGAACUGAAGGAAAGCGACAAUCCCAGACGGCUUUUGAGGAGAGGCACGUGUGCAUUCAGCAUUUUAUUCAAACUUUUUUCUGAAGGACUCUUUUCUGCAAAACUCUUCCUCACUGCAACAUUGCAUGAGCCAAUCAUGCAGCUGCUGGUGGAAGAUGAAGACCACCUAGAAACAGAUGCAAACAAAUUGAUUGAGAGGUUCUCUCCCGCACAACAGGAAAAACUCUUUGGGGAGAAAGGCACAGAAAGGUUCAAACAAAAAGUCCAAGAAAUGGUGGAUUCCAAUGAGGCUAAGUUAGUGGCUUUGGUGAACAAAUUCAUUGGUUAUCUCAAGCAGAACACAUACUGCUUUCCGCAUAGCUUGAGAUGGAUUUUAUCACAAAUGUACAAAACACUCUCCUGUGUAGACUGGCUGGAGGUUGGGGAGGUGCGAGCAAUGUGCACGGAUCUUCUGCUUGCAUGUUUCAUUUGUCCUGCAGUUGUCAACCCAGAACAGUAUGGAAUAAUUUCUGAUGCCCCAAUAAACGAGGUGGCAAGAUUUAAUCUGAUGCAGGUCGGGAGACUUUUGCAGCAGUUGGCAAUGACAGGUUCUGAAGAGGGAGAUCCGCACAUGAAGAGCAACCUUGGCAAAUUUGACAAAAGUUGUGUUGCUGCUUUCCUGGAUGUUGUUAUUAGUGGGCGUGCUGUGGAAACUCCUCCGAUGUCCUCAGUUAACCUUCUAGAAGGAUUGAGUAGGACUGUGGUUUAUAUGACAUACAGCCAACUUAUUAAUCUGGUUGGUUUUAUGCGAAAUGUAAUGUCAAGUGACCAACUGAAGGAAGAUCGGAUGGCUCUGGAAAACUUGUUGGCAAACUUACCCCAGAACAAACCCGGGAAAAGUAGCAGCCUUGAAAUGACUCCUUACAAUACCCCACAACUCUCCCCUGCAACUACCCCAGCCAACAAAAAAAAUCGACUGCCUAUAGCUACCCGUAGCAGAAAUAGAUCAAAUAUUCCAGUGGACCAGCAUGGAGACCAUGAGGGAUCCUCCCAGGAGUCUAUACUGGAAGUUCAGCCAGAAGAAGUGCUGGUUAUUUCUUUGGGAACAGGUCCACAGCUUACUCCGGGGAUGAUGUCAGAAAAUGAGGUCUUAAACAUGCAGCUUGCCGAUGGAGGACAAGGAGAUGUCCCUGUUGAUGAAACCAAACUCCACGGUAAACCUGAUAAAACCUUGCGCUUUUCCCUCUGCAGUGAUAAUCUGGAAGGAAUAUCUGAAGGUCCUUCAAAUCGCUCCAAUUCUGUGUCCUCUUUGGAUUUAGAAGGAGAAUCCGUGUCAGAGCUUGGUGCAGGGCCUUCUGGGAGCAAUGGUGUUGAAGCCCUGCAGCUGUUAGAACAUGAACAAGCUACGACUCAGGAUAAUCUUGAUGACAAGCUCCGUAAAUUUGAAAUUCGUGAUAUGAUGGGAUUGACUGAUGAUAGGGACAUAUCAGAAACUGUGAGUGAGACCUGGAGCACAGAUGUCUUGGGCAGUGACUUUGAUCCAAAUAUUGAUGAAGACCGCUUGCAAGAAAUUGCAGGUGCAGCUGCAGAGAACAUGCUUGGCAGCUUGCUGUGUUUGCCAGGUUCAGGAUCUGUGCUGCUUGACCCCUGCACAGGGUCGACCAUAUCAGAAACCACCAGUGAAGCGUGGAGUGUGGAGGUAUUGCCAAGUGAUUCAGAGGCCCCAGACCUAAAGCAGGAGGAAAGACUGCAGGAGCUGGAAAGCUGUUCUGGGCUGGGCAGCACCUCUGAUGACACAGAUGUGAGGGAGGUCAGUUCUCGUCCCAGUACACCAGGCCUCAGCGUCGUGUCAGGUAUUAGUGCAACCUCUGAGGAUAUUCCUAAUAAGAUUGAGGACCUCAGGUCUGAGUGUAGCUCUGACUUUGGAGGGAAAGAUUCUGUGACAAGUCCUGAUAUGGAUGAAACAGCUCAUGGAGCCAGUCAGUUGACUUCUCCCCCCUCUCAGUCGGACUCUUUGCUUGCAUUGUUUGACCCUUUGUCAUCUCACGAAGGUGUAUCAGCAGUGGUUAGGCCUAAAGUGCACUAUGCAAGACCCGCUCAUCCGCCGCCAGAUCCCCCAAUCUUGGAAGGAGCUAUGGGAGGUAACGAGGCCAGAUUACCAAAUUUUGGUUCCCACAUGUUAAUCCCAACUGACUUGGAGGCGUUCAAACAAAGGCAUUCCUACCCAGAAAGGCUGGUCCGCAGCAGGAGCUCUGACAUAGUGUCAUCAGUUCGGAGACCUAUGAGUGACCCUGGCUGGAACAGGCGGCCUGGCAAUGAAGAAAGGGAGCUUCCUACACAAACACCCAACAUUGGGGCAGCUGCUUCAGUGCCUGCGCCUCAGUCCUCUUCGUCAUCCCCCAGUAAAGACUCCUUUAGAGGAGAGAUUGAGGAACGAAAAGAUAGUGAUGAUGAAAAAUCUGACAGGAACAAACCCUGGUGGAGAAAGCGUUUCGUUUCUGCCAUGCCCAAAGCUCCGAUACCAUUUAGAAAAAAAGAAAAACAAGAAAAAGACAAAGAUGACUUUGUAUCUGAGAGGUUCUCAACACUUCAAGAUGAUCCCAAUCCCAGACUAAGUGCGCAGGCACAGGCUGCAGAGGAUAUCCUGGACAAAUAUAGGAAUGCUAUUAAGCGAACCAGCCCAAGUGAAGGAGCUAUAGUAAAUUAUGAAAGUGCAGAGGUAAUUGGAGAUGGUGAAAGUAUACACGACUCUCCACGCGAUGAAGCCCUGCAGAAUAUGUCAGCUGAUGACCUCCCAGAUUCUGCAAGUCAAGUAGCACAGCCGCAAGACUCUGCUUUCUCUUACAGGGAUGCAAAGAAGAAACUGAGACUGGCUCUUUGUUCAGCAGAUUCCAUUGCCUUCCCAUUGUUGAGCCAUUCAACAAGAAAUGGCCUACCAGAUCACACUGACCCUGAUGACAAUGAAAUUGUGUGCUUCCUGAAAGUUCAGUUAGCUGAAGCUAUUAAUCUACAAGAUAAGAAUUUGAUGGCCCAACUGCAGGAGACAAUGCGCUGUGUAAGCCGCUUUGAUAACCGAACAUGUCGAAAGCUACUGGCUUCCAUUGCAGAGGAUUAUAGGAAAAGGGCUCCAUAUAUUGCUUAUUUAACUCGAUGUCGCCAAGGUCUGCAGACCACACAAGCCCAUCUGGAAAGGCUCCUGCAGAGGGUAUUACGUGAUAAGGAAGUCGCCAACAGAUAUUUCACCACAGUUUGUGUGAGGUUACUUCUGGAAAGCAAAGAAAAAAAGAUAAGGGAAUUCAUUCAAGAUUUCCAGAAACUCACUGCAGCAGACGAUAAAACAGCCCAAGUAGAAGACUUUCUUCAAUUUUUAUAUGGGGCCAUGGCCCAGGAUGUCAUCUGGCAAAAUGCCAGUGAAGAGCAGCUCCAGGAUGCACAGCUAGCCAUAGAACGCAGUGUGAUGAAUCGCAUUUUCAAACUCUCAUUCUACCCUAAUCAGGAUGGAGACAUUUUGCGUGAUCAGGUCCUUCAUGAGCAUAUCCAAAGGUUGUCUAAGGUAGUGACUGCAAACCACCGAGCACUUCAGAUUCCAGAGGUGUAUCUCCGGGAGGCACCAUGGCCAUCUGCACAGUCUGAAAUCCGCACAAUCAGCGCUUACAAAACCCCACGGGACAAAGUGCAGUGUAUUCUGCGAAUGUGUUCAACCAUCAUGAACCUGUUGAGUUUGGCCAAUGAAGAUUCAGUCCCUGGGGCAGAUGACUUUGUUCCUGUUUUGGUGUUUGUUCUGAUAAAGGCAAACCCACCCUGCUUGUUGUCCACUGUUCAGUACAUUAGUAGCUUCUAUGCUAACUGUUUAACUGGAGAAGAAUCUUACUGGUGGAUGCAGUUCACAGCAGCAGUUGAAUUUAUUAAAACCAUUGAUGAUCGCAAGUGACCCAAAGGAGCACCUGUGUAGACAGACUGUUAGCAGCAAAGAGCCUGUAAGAAUGUAGAUCAGCUGUUUCAAAGGCUGAAGAAAUACUUUCCUUGUAUAAUAUUGUACAGAGUGGAAGCAUUUAAAAAUUUUUUACUAAUCAGAUUAAUUAAUUUAACAGGUUUUCUUUCCUCUCUGUUUUGGUUGCAUCUUUUCCUCCUUUAGGGAUUAGCACAGGGAAAAGGGACCACAUUUUUCAGGUAUUGUGGAUUCUCAAAAUCGCUUAGGAAACUCUGCUGUCACUGCCCCUUUCACACAGACACUAUUUUCCCCCUAGACUUCUCUUGAUGUAAAUUCAUUCAUUUUCUUUGUUUCCAACCAAAAAGAUCAUGGCAAGCACUUUUAAGAGCCUUUCUAGCUUAAUACACCUUUUGUAAGAGAACACCAGCUGCACUGAACAUUUGUAGCAGUUGACACAAUUAUAAAUUGUACUUCACCUAUGGUAAAAUUAAAACCUGAGGACAGUGUAAAUAUAUGAUAUAAUAAUAAUAAACUGCAGUCAUCUUUGGACUCAUUAUCCUUUCAACCAGCAAACAAGCAGUUUCUCUCUCCUACAGCAGGUUGUGACAUACUGUACUGGGUAAUGAGAUGACUUCCUCAAUAGGAUAAGUUUAAAAAGGGCAAACCUAAAUAUUUAUUUAAAUUUAAUAAAGUUUACAGAACUUUCUGAAACUGGAAUUUACCAUUCACAGGGCUCUCACUUGAAAGUUUAAAAUUUUGGCUCGGGAAUUAGAGCAUUUUAAAUAAAUAGUUUGAAUUUAUAGAGGAGAGGGCUGUAAGUUUCAAUAGAUAAGUUCUUAUAUAAAAAGGAAUAGUAUAUACCUUAUUGUAAUAUUUUUCAUCUGAAAUACUGUGUAUACUGUACAAACCCCAAACAGAAUUCCUUACAGAACCUGAAACUGUAAUAUAUAUUUUGAUUAUUCACAUUAAAUAUACAUGCCAGGGGUUUCAGUGAAUGUUUUUUUACUAUGUGUUCUUUGUAUCGUCUUUUCUCUAGCAGUGCAGGUUUUACUAUUCAUAUAAAAUAUUUUAAAGUACCACAUUGUCCUUUACAAAACACAUCAUGAAAUCGGUUCAGGGAAUCUUUGCAGAUGUGUCUCACCCCUCUCCCAUUUGAAACUGACAAUUAUGAGAAGAGCAGGUGCACUUCCUUGACGAGCAAAAUAAUAGAGUUCCCAUAGCUGGCCCAAGCCAUUUCUUAUACUCCUGUGAGUGGUCAUUGGCCUUUGUUCUUGUAGAUCUAGCUAAAAAAGGGCUGCAAUCAAUUUCUUUUGUAAAAGGCACACUGCUUAACACCUCAAUGCUGGCAUUACUCCUCGCUCUCUCCUCUUCCUCCCAGUGUACAUCACUUCGCUGGCAGUGAGGUGAGCUAGAUUUGCUGGCUUUGAGCGGUAAAAGAAAUUACAUAAUCUGCAUCCCUUCUUUAAAUAGAAGAACAGUUUAUAUUUCUAAACACUGCUUAAAAAUGGAUUGAAGAUUUUUUGUGUACUUGAAAAGGCCAACAUAUCACAUGUUAGAAGCCACGUGAGCUGUUUAAAAAGGGAAUCCAUAAAAAUCUAAGUAACUGUUACUUCUGAGAGUCAUUAACUGAUAUUAGAACAAUCUAUGUACAGUAUUAAGUGAUUGAGAUGUGAUCGUGUUACCCGUCUAGGCAUAAUUCAGUGAAAAAAACCUUGGUUUUCAAUGAAUUAAUCGUUAAUGUUUAAUUCAAUAUAUCAUUUUUAUCAUGUUAAAUAAAUCAUGGGGAAUCAAGUGAGAUGGUUUUUUUUUUUUUUUUUUAAGUUUUGUUUAUAGUCUUUCUCCUCUAUUAUAGACUUACAGGGUACAGCAAUACUUUCUUGUUGCAAUGGAGUUAGUGUAGUCUGCUUUAUUGUGAUCUUGAGUCUCAAUGGCAUUGUAAUAGUCUAGUUGUUUAGCUGUCAUGGUUUUUUGGUGCUAAUAUAUUGCAUUCACAGCCCUGACCAAUAACAUUCAGCUGCGAAGCACAAUACUGCCCUUUAAGAGAGAGCCAGAAUUACAUCUAAAAGCAACGUACAUUUGUUAUGCCACAAUUUAGAAGUGUUCUGUUGUGUUAAAUUAUCAUUGAGAAUUUGCUGUGUUGAUAUAAAACUACUGACGUACCCUUAAUUCCGCAAUUUUUGGUUUUAGAGAUGGAGAAUAUUUGGUCCCUAAAACCUGUCUUAUUCUAAACUGUUUUCUUAUACACCUCUACCCCGAUAUAACACUGUCCUUGGGAGCCAAAAAAUCUUACCGCGUUAUAGGUGAAACCAUUAUAUUGAAGUUGCUUUGAUCUGCCAGAGCUCACAGUCCGGCCCCCCCCAUAGCACUGCGUUACCGCGUUAUACCCGAAUUCGUGUUAUAUCGGGUUGUGUUAUAUCGGGGUAGAGGUGUAUUUAACAUUUGGAACAAAACUCUCUAAGGGGGAGCAAAUGAUAGUCAAUGAUUAUCAUGCAUUUUAUCUUUUUAUUAUGAGCAGUCUGGACACAAAGGAGUUGAUCUAUGAUUCUAUGAUCAACUUGAUCAGGUCUUCAGGAUUUAUUCUCUUUACUGGAAAGUUUUUCUUCUCCUAGCAAAAACCAUUUUCUUCACAUUUGUAUCACUUUGCUGCUUUUCUGUAUAGAAAAGUUACUGAAGAACUUGAACAAUUUUUAAAAUAAAAAUAUUUUAAAAAUGGUAAAUAUUUGUAUAAACCCCAAUAUAGGUGAGAAUCUUCACAGCAGGAUGGUCCUUUGCUUCUUUUUUAACCUGCUAUAAAAGCCUUUUAUACACUGUUAUAAAUGUAGUCAAAGAAUUAGGCUUUCCAAAGAAUUAGGAAUCUUAUUGUAAUGUGUGUGUCUGUUUUUUCCUGGUGUCCUGAUUUUGUUUUAAAAUGUUAAAUUAUAUGUACAGGAGGAAGACUUUAUGUUUUCUGUUGUGCAAUAGUAAGAAAAUUAAAGAUGGAAAGCACAUUAAGGACCAAACAGUAAAAGAACUGUUUUGCCAAAAGGCUCCAGCCAGCCAUACACACACACAUUGCAUUGAGUCAGUACUCAGAACUUCAGUGCUUGCUGUUAGAAUUACUUCAGCCACUUAACGGUGACCUGAAAAAUGUUUUGGGAGGUGGGGAGUGGAGGUUAUUAAUAGCAGAUUAUAUAUGCAGGCUCAAGGCCCAAUUAUUGAAGUUCAGGGUGCUUCCUGAAGGAGUAAGGAGCACUCGCCUGUCUGUGAUUUCAUAUGAUUGGGCCCAUACAUGUUACAAAGGCAUUAUUUUCCUCUCUUGGGAUGGGGAGCAGGAGGGAAGAGACUUGACUCUUUCAUCUGCAGGGGAAUCCCCUUUUACUUCUAACCCCUGAUGAUUUUUCUUUUUAAAGCUUGUUCUUCAAGAAGAAUUGCAAUGGAUGGCCUUUUUUUUGGGGGGGGGGCGGGGGUACUACCAAAUACUGAAUGUAACUGCCAUAAAUUUUAGGAAGAAGCCACAAACAGAAUCCUCUUUACUGUAGGUAGUUUGUGGUGAGCACCGAGUAUUGCAUCAGAUUGUUAGUUUGAAAAUGUUGAUGUUCUAUUAAGCCAAAUUCUAUCAGAAAUUUGUGAUUUCGUUGACACGUUUAAUGCUGAAUAGUUUGUAGAGGGAAAUUAGUAGGCUAAGAAAGGGGAAGCAGUCAAGAGCAGUCCCGCUUCUCAAAGCUGCAUGAAAGUGAAGCAUAUUUAUCUAAAGUCUAGUAAUUUAUGUGGCAUAUAAAGCACAUAAAUAUAUAUAAAGCAGCUUUAGGCCUUAGGCUAGCUGUGUGGCAGGAGAACCUGGAGCAGCAGAAAAAACAGUGGACUGUAGGAAGGGGAAAGUACUCCUUUUAUUUGGGUAACAGCUGAUAGCUUGGUUGAGCCUGUACUACUUGAGAAUUAAUUGCUGAGUUACUAUUGUGUGUUCUGUACCUUUAAUUGUGCUUCACCUCUAUUUAAAAGCUUUGUACUGCCUCUCGAAACUGGUAAAGCCUUUAAAAUUUUAAAUUAAUGAGCUUGCACAAUCUUGUAUACAGAAAACCCAUCUUGUCUCUACUGUGAUUAUUAAUGUAUUAUAUCAUUCUGUAAAAACUGAUUAAAAAGGAGAGCAGUUUAACCGUGA